AUGGACAACUUCGGUUAUCGCGAGAUGGGGUGGCCGUCACCCUUGCAGACGCCUCCGACGCAAACGCCGCGGUCCCGCCUCACAAGCAGCACGCGCACCCGAGACCCAGAGGAAUUCCCACUCAGGGGCUCCUUUCGCCAUGUACGAAGCAUCGACUUACUCGAGUCCGCCAGUGAACCUGGAAAAGCUAAAGAAUAUCUCUUCGUCGGACCCUCCCCACCAGCCGAAGAUGCGCCCAAUAUGUACCACAGUUUUGACGUUAUGGCCCCUGAUCCAGAAGCCCGGUUGACAGAAGACAUGGUCCGGAGAGCUUUGUGUGAAAAAGCUUUAAGUUUAGGUGCGGGCAGAUUUUUUGAUGAUCUCGAAUGCGGAUUAAUUACAGCGGAUAAUAUAGAAGAACACAUUUCAUCCGCUCCUGAAGUGGUUGUGAGUUUAACAUUGUUAUGGGCAGCUUUUUUAGCCCGUGAUGAGUUAUUGCCUGGACUUCUUGAAGCAGGAGCUGAUGUGCACUACUCGGAUCCUAUAGGUUUGACUGCUCUGCAUAUAGCUUCGUUCAGUGGUGCGAGUAGAUCUGUAGCGUAUUUGAUAUCUGUUGGUACUGAUGUUGAUUAUGCUCCCAAGUACUUUGCCCCACUUCAUUGUGCUGCGUUUGGAAAUUCAUUAGAAGUAGCUGAAUACCUCAUCGCAAAUGGAGCUUCUUUACACGCAGUUGUACAGAGGGCUGGCUGCGAAGACAACCUCGUCCAUUGUGCAGUUCGUAACGAUUCAUUGGAAUGUAUGGAAUUAUUUAUAGAGAAAGGUGUUGAUCCCGCAUACAUAACAUCAGGAGGACUAAAUGCUUUACAUUUAGCUGCAGAACUCGGCGCAAGGAGAUGUCUUGCUUUCUUGUUAAAAGAAACAAAACUUAGUGUCAAUGGUGUAACAAAACAAAGGGAUAAAGAAUGCACUGCUUUGCAUUUGGCAGCGUCAAGAGGCUAUACAGAAUGUAUAGAACUGUUACUUUCUGAAGGUGCUAAAGCGAAUACAAAAAACUAUAGAGGAUUCACAGCUCUUCAUCUGGCAGCAAGGUGUUCAUCGACAGAAUGUGUUGAAGUUCUUUUACGCGAUGGUAACGCUGAUCCAAAUGCUGAAGAUUAUGAUAAAAGAACACCGUUACAUGCCGCUAUAUCUAAAUCAGAGCGUGCUUGUGAUAUUAUUGAAAUGCUCGUAAGUUGGGGUGCACAAGUAAAUAAAAAAGAUGAAUACGGAUAUUCCCCAAUACAUAUUGCUGCUAUAGAUGGACUGACAAACUGUGUGGAAACAUUAAUAUUUUUGGGAGCCGAUGUUACUUCAAAGUCAAAGAAAGGGCAUACAGCAUUGAGUGUAAUAGUAAGAAAAACACCUAAAUCCCUAGCUAUUCUACGACACAAUCUGGAUAAUGGUAUAUCCCUUAGUCGUUCCACAGAAGGGAAUGAAGAAGUACAAAUCGAGUUUGAUUUUGGAAAACUGUUAAAAUAUUCCUAUCCACGCGAGAUCACUUAUUUGAAUAGUUUGAUUGAUGAAGGCCAGAAGGACAUAUUACAACAUCCUUUAUGUUUAGCGUUUUUAUUCAUGAAGUGGCGAAAGAUAAGAAAGUUUUAUUUGGCGCGAUUAGUAUUCUGCUUUUUGUUUGUCGUAUUUUUAUCUAUAUACGUGCUAACGGCUGUUGUUAAAACAUGUGAUGGUAAAUAUGCGCAAAAGUAUGACGUACCGAACGAGCUGUGUCAGUCACAGUCGAUUCUUGGCGAUAUAUUAGAAGACAAUCCUAUCGAAUUGGAGAAAUGGGUGUUGCUAGCGAUCACAGUAUUCGAAAUAGUAAGAAAGCUGACUGGUAUUACGGGGUAUUCGAGCAUCUAUCAAUACUUUACGACAUUCGAAAACUUAUUGGAGUGGUUUGUUUUGCUGUCUGUAUUUUUACUUUACGAUAUCGAACGAGACUACGGUUGGCAGAAUCAUAUCGAAGGCUAUGCAGUGUUAGGAGCUUGGACGAACUUAAUGUUGAUGAUGGGUCAGCUACCGAUGUUUGGUGAUUACGUAGCUAUGUAUCAGAAAGUUUUAACAGAGUUCUUAAAAUUACUUUUGGCAUACAUUUGCCUACUACUCGGAUUCGCUAUAUGUUUUCUAGUGGUCUUUCCAAAUGAAGAAAUGUUUUCAAAUCCCUUGAUGGGAUUGAUCAGUACGCUAUCUAUGAUGGUUGGAGAAUUGAAUUUGAACAUUUUGAUAAACGACCCGCUUCGUGACGACCCACCUUUGAUUUUCGAACUUUCAUCUCAAAUUAUUUUCAUCCUAUUUUUGAUGUUUGUAACUAUCAUACUUAUGAAUUUACUCGUUGGUAUAGCGGUACACGAUAUCCAAGGAUUAAGAAAAACUGCGGGCUUAUCAAAGCUGGUUCGGCAAACAAAAUUGAUUCUAUUUGUAGAGAUGGGUAUGUUUAGCGCUUUAUUACCUAAAUGUCUGCACAAAUACAUAUACAGAACUGCGUUAGUUUCACCUGAAGCUGGUAAAGUCAUAUUAAGCGUGAAACCUUUGAAUCCACAUGAGAAAAGAUUACCAACAGAUAUUAUGAUGGCUGCGUACGAAUUGGCGCAGUUAAACAAGCUCAAAUCUGGUACAUCAGUUAAGGAGAUUCUGUACAAAAACAAGUACCAUUCAUCGAAAUUCAAGAACGAAGGUCAGACGGAUCACCAGUUCAACAUAGAGAUUCGGGGAAUGCAAGAGAAAAUCGACCAAACGACGUUCAACUUAAAGAAGAUCGAUCAGGAGAUGAGGCAUUUAAACACGCUAUUGAUGGAGCAGCAGCAUCUAUUGCAGAAUCUGUUUAAAAUGACCGACAGAUCGUAUCUACAUUCCGCACAAUUUUAUCCUGAAUCACCAGUUUUCUUUAGCAAUAAUUCUGAUGUAACAAAUUCAAUAACUAAAUGAUAAGUAGAAG